AUGCAGCUCAAGAGUCUCUUGGUGCAGCUUAUGGCUGCUGCACCGCUGGUGCUCGCCCAUCCCCACGGAUCCGUCGAGCCACAGCACGCCGCGAAGCCACUUCCCCGGGGUCUUGGCCACUGCAACGCCCACUUUAAGAGGAGCGGUAUCUCCAAGAGGGCCGCCGAAAGGCAUAUGGCUGAGGUUGACAAUCUGAAGAAGGAGCGCGGUCUCGAGCAUGUGCCAACCAUCCACCGCCGACAGUUUGGUGGUUUCCCCGGAUUCGGAGGUGGUGAUCCCGCUAGAAUCGAGGAGGUUCUCGGCACGAACCACAAGUCCGACUCCGAAAUCACCCUGGAGACGGAUCCUGUUGAGCUCUUUGCCGAUGCCGGCUCUUGUGUCUUGUCCCCUGAGGUGACCGAAGGCCCUCUCUACGUCCGUGGCGAGCAGGUCCGAAAGGAUGUCACCGAUGGUGAGGGUGGUGUCAAGAUGAGGUUGGCUAUCCAGGUUGUUGAUGUUGAGACCUGCGAACCCGUGCCCGAUCUCUGGAUCGAUCUCUGGAGCUGUAACUCCACUGGUGUUUAUGGUGGUGUCUUGUACUAUCCGGGCAAUGGUGACCCGAACGACGAGUCCAUCAUCAACGCCACUGCUCUCCGUGGUCUUCAGCCUACGGAUUCCGACGGAAUUGCCCUCUUCGAUACUCUUGUUCCUGGCCAUUACGAGGGCCGUACCAACCAUGUCCACGCCAUGGUCCACCACGGCGCCACCAAACUAGAAAACGGCACCAUCACUGGCGGCCGCGUCUCUCACAUCGGCCAGCUGUACUUCGACGACGAGCUCCUCGAACUCGUCGAAAAGACCUCCGUCUACGCCGUCAACACCCAAGCCUGGACCCGCAACAACGUCGACAUACUCUUCGGCCAGGGCACCUCCGGAGGCGACGACCCCAUCGUCCGCUACGCGCAGCUCGGCGACGACAUCGAGAACGGCAUCUUUGCUUGGAUGCGGUUCGGCGUCGAUGUCUCCGCUUCGAGGAACUAUAACCCCGCCGCGUACAAGGACGAAACUGGUGGCCACCAGAACCCCACAGGCCCUGUGCAGCCCGGUGGUGCUGGCGGCGGCUUCGGCGGUGGUUUUGGAGGAGGUGGUGGAUUCCCUGGGUUCCCUGGCGGUGGUGGCGGUGGUGGUUUCCCAUAG